AUGGUUUGCAGAGUUCUACCUUCCGUUCAGAGUACCAUGUGCUUCCCGUCGACCUCAGCAUCAUCACCUUCUCUGCAGAAUUCGGUCCGUUUUACGACGACCCAUCUUCCCAGAGAAAGCCGUUUCCGCAGGACGUCGCCGCUGUCGAUUUCUUCCAGAGGAAAUCGUUGCUGUAGGUGCAACGCUAGCAGCAGCAGCAGUAUAAAUGGCAGCGCAAGUUCUGAGUCUUUUGUGAUUACAACCCCACUUUACUAUGUGAAUGCUCCACCUCACAUGGGCAGCGCCUAUACAACCAUUGCCGCCGACGCCAUUGCUCGUUUUCAGAGGCUUAAUGGAAAGAAGGUUAUAUUUGUUACUGGUACGGAUGAGCAUGGAGAAAAGAUUGCAAUGGCUGCGGCUGCCUCUGGUUCUAGCCCAGCUCAACACUGUGAUUCAGUGUCACAAGCUUACCGGUCACUUUGGAGAGAUUUAGGCAUAUCAUAUGACAAGUUCAUCCGGACCACUGAUCCUAAGCAUGAAGCUGUUGUCAAGGAAUUCUAUGCGAAGGUUUUGGCAAGUGGUGACAUUUAUCGUGCGGAUUAUGAAGGACUAUAUUGUAUCAAUUGUGAAGAGUACAAGGAUGAGAAGGAAUUGCUUGCAAACAACUGUUGUCCCAUUCACCUAAAACCUUGUGCUGCAAGGAAAGAAGAUAAUUAUUUCUUUGCUCUAUCAAAGUAUCAGCAAUUCCUGGAAAAGUUGUUAAGUGAAAAUCCAGAUUUUGUGCAGCCUUCUUUCCGUUUUAAUGAGGUGCAAAGCUGGAUUAAAAGUGGGUUAAGAGAUUUCUCUAUAUCACGUGCAUCAGUAGAUUGGGGCAUAGAGGUCCCAAACGAUGCCAAACAAACUAUCUAUGUUUGGUUUGAUGCUUUAUUAGGAUACAUAUCUGCUCUUUUGGAUGAGGGGGAGGAGUUUAACUUACAAGCAGCAGUCUCGGCAGGUUGGCCAGCUUCACUUCAUUUAAUCGGCAAGGACAUUUUACGAUUUCAUGCAGUUUAUUGGCCAGCUAUGCUCAUAUCGGCUGGAUUGCCACUACCUAAGAUGGUCUUUGGCCAUGGCUUCUUGACAAAGGAUGGCAUGAAGAUGGGCAAGUCACUUGGAAAUACGAUUGAACCAACUGAAUUGGUGCUUAGUUAUGGACCAGAUGCGGUCAGGUACUUCUUCCUCAAGGAGGUGGAGUUUGGAAGUGACGGGGAUUACUCAGAGAGCCGAUUUAUCAGUAUUGUCAACGCACAUCUUGCCAAUACAAUUGGGAAUCUUCUUAACCGUACGCUUGGACUCCUUAAGAAAAAUUGCCAAUCAAUGUUGGCGGUUGAUUCAGUUGUUGCUGCUGAAGGAAAUGUAUUAAAGGAUACAGUGGAGAAACUGAGCGCCAAAACUCAUUACGAAAACCUUGCCCUCUCAGCAGCUUGUGAAACUGUGCUGGAGAUCGGUAAUGCUGGAAAUUUGUAUAUAAAUGAACAAGCGCCAUGGUCUCUCUUUAAACAAGGAGGCGCUGCUUCUGAAUCUGCAGCCAAGGAUCUUGUAAUUAUACUGGAAGCAGUGCGAAUUCUAGCAGUUGCCUUGUCCCCAGUUACUCCGAGCUUGUCUUUGAGAAUAUACAAUCAGCUUGGCUACUCGGAUGACCACUUCAACACUAUUACUUGGAGUGACACCAAGUGGGGCGGGCUUAAGGGUGGUCAGGUUAUGGCACAACCGAGGCCUGUUUUUUCCAGGAUUGAGGACCAUAAACAAGAGGUAGUAGAAUUGAAGCGCUAG